AUGGAGGCUACAAAUUUGGCAAUGCCUCCAAGGGACUCCAUUAAGCCCAGAGGGGAACACAAAGCCAUGCAGUUAAACUCCAAACCUAAUCAAGUCGGCACAGUUCUUCUCUACGGAGUGCCCAUUGUUUCUCUCAUCAUUGAAGGGGUAGAGCGGCUCUGCCUAGCCCAGAUCUCCAACACACUUCUCAAGCAGUUCUCUUAUAAUGAGAUCCAUAACAGACGGGUGGCUUUGGGCAUCACCUGUGUCCAGUGCACACCAGUUCAGCUGGAGAUACUGAGGCGGGCGGGAGCUAUGCCGGUUUCUUCAAGGAGAUGUGGCAUGAUAACAAGAAGGGAAGCAGAGCGGCUCUGCAAGUCGUUCCUAGGCGACAACGCACCGCCAAGACUGCCGGACGACUUCGCGUUUGCUGUCCAUCAUGAGUGCGCUUGGGGCUGUAGAGGCGCCUUCUUGCCAGCCAGGUACAACUCAUCCCGAGCGAAGUGCAUCAAGUGCGCGUAUUGCGGUUUAUUCUUCUCCCCAAACAAGUUCAUCUUCCAUUCCCACCGGGUGGGCCCUGGAGACAAGUACGUGCAGCCUGAUGCUGCCAACUUCAACUCUUGGCGGCGACACAUGAAGCUGAGUGGUAGCCCGCCGGAUGAGGUGGUACAUGCGUGGGAAGAUGUGAAGGCUAUGUUCAAUGGGGGUACGAGGAAGAGGAUGCUGUCUGCUGCUAGAAGGGUUCCUACCCGCAGGCCCGAAGCCGACGGCGCUAGUGAGCCGAAGCGGCCGCCGGCCAGCCCGCCAAGUGCUCACGCGCCGGUGCCGCGACUGGCCGACUACGUGUGGGGUGCGAGGCUGCCCCUGCCGUAUGCGAUACCGUGGCUCAAACCGACGCUGUGGACCCCAGGAGCUCUGACCGCGCUGAGCGGAGUGAGCGCUUUAGAAGAACCACGUGCGUUCCGCCCUGUGCGCUCGCAUCGGCUGGACUCGCCGCAGCUUUCGCCCGCGCUGUCGCCACCGCGGUCGCCAGAAAGAUCGCCAAUGGCCACAUCAUCUCCGCGGCAAACCCGCUCACCGCUCCGCUCGCCGGCCCGCUCUCCGCUCCGCUCGUCGCCCGCGCGCUCCACCAAGAGCGACAGAGACAGCGAUGAGAGCGUCGACAUUGAAACUACUGAGGAAGAUCAGCCACGAGAUGCUGUGAGUACUAAGACUUUUAUUUCAGCCAAAUGA